UGUGGACAUUGCUCAAUCAUCUACCCAGGUAACUUCGGAUAUAAGCGCACGCCUUUCUAUUUGCCCAGAAUUAUAGCUUCACUCCAGAGACUGAUCCCCAAUCUCCCGACAACCAAACCACCAUAAUGCGUGCAUUACCAACCCUCACCUCCACCAAGAGGGCGCUUUUCCCAGCCCUUCUAGCGUCCCUCGCUCUUGCCCUACCGCAAAGUGGAAAGCAGGGCAAUGACACGCCAUACACACUAUCACCCAGCACCUCCACAUCCUCCACGGCCUCCACACACUUAUCCCCUUCUCUUGUCCACAGCAGCCCUCCCACCCUUGACUCCAAGGCCCAAGUCAAGAACGACCAAAGGGAAGAUAUCUCGACCGCAACCAUCUUCUCAACCAUCAUCGUCCCAACAGCUACAGAGUUAACUACCAUCCUCACCGUCAUCACCAACGCUCCUCCUCCUUCACCUCCGCCUUCCACGACCACCUCUUCCUCUUUACCUUCUACAUCAUCCACAUCUAACUGCAUCGUCGAAGGCGGAGCAGACGGUAUCUGCAUAACCGUCGUACCCAUCUGGCCCACCCAAGCAGUAAAGAGGCAGACGACCCAGACCCCCUCCAUUUCGUACUCCUCCACCUCCACCUCCACAGCCUCAGUAACCGUCAUCGAGAUGUUAACAGUGAUCGUUGCCCCCCACACAACCUACACCCUCACUGGGUUCGUGCCGUUCUUAACUACAGGUACCUCUUCGGCUCCCAUUCCUGCUACCACUACCGCCGCUACCAGCGAUAUAACUACCUCUACUAGCGUCACCUGCCCCAGUCCCAGCUGGCUGAUCGACGGCCACUGCGUCUACAACACCCCCGGGUGGAACCCCGCUCCGCAGAUCCCGACUGGGACGGACGAUUGGGCGGGUAGACCUCGUCCUCCUUGGGAGACGGGGACGAGGGCGGUAUAAACACGUGUAUCUGCCAAAGAUUUGAGAGACAAGAGAAGAAGAAGUGGGGAUUGUGUGGGGAGGUGUUGCUUUAAGAAGUGGAGGGGGGGGAAGAUAGGAGGAAGAGCAUGAGAUGAGUUGAGAGGUAGAUGGCUGGAGCAAUGAGGAAACAUAAAUGGAAACAAAGCAAGACACUGG